AUGGAGACGCUGCUGCUCGCUGUGCUCCUCCUGCAGGUUUCCCAGCAUGCUCUGGGGGGAGUGGUGGAGGUUCAUGAGGGGGCGGAGUCAGUCCUGCUGCCCUGUGAAUUCAACGGUGUUCCUCCUAAAGACGACCCCCACUUCAUGUGGACCCGUGAAGAUCUCAGUCCAAAAUCUGUCCACCUGCAACGAGCAGAAAAAGACGAUCUGACAGAACAAAACCAGCGUUUCAGAGGACGCACGGCCAUGAAUCCUGAUGCUCUGCAGACAGGAAACUUGGGCCUCACCCUGAUGAAGCCCCAGCAGUCUGACAGCGGGGGCUACUCCUGCUCCAUCAGUGAUGGGACCACAGAGGUGAAGUUUGCAGAAGUUCAGCUGAAGGUCAAAGCCAAUGAGGGAGUGGAGGUGGGGGCCACUGAGGGGGCGGAGUCAGUCCUGCUGCCCUGCAGAGCAGCAGCCGGCCUCCCCACAGGCACCACAGUGGAGUGGACCCUCUCUGAGCCUCCCAGGGUAGUCCAUGUGUUUCCAAAGCUGAGUCAGAUACAGGACGAUGUUUACUGCAGCCGCACAGAGAUGAAGGAAGACCUGCUGACCACUGGAGACCUCAGUCUGACCCUCAGACAGCCCACAGUCAGAGACUCAGGAAGCUACGUCUGCACCGUCCACACAGGCCCAGACGUCCUGAGACAGAGAGUGGAGCUACAGGUCAAAGCUCCGUUUCCCGUCUGGAUCCCAGUCGUCUCGGUUCUUGCUGUUCUCGUUGCUGUUCUUGUGACUGGAGGCCUUUUCUAUCAUUUCUUCUUUCGUGAGGGUGAGUUAACUCCUUUGGACGUCUGA